CUCGUCUCCCCCACAAGAAAUGGCGGGAAGCAAUCGCUAAGCUCGGCAACUUUGGGCGGGAAACUCUUACCUUCUUCCACUCCCCCCCUAUUUAUCGCCCUUCAACCGCCCUAAAAUCCGACCCUCGCAAAAAGCCAUUCUAUAUCACCAACGCAGCGCCGAGCUCGAUCUGAGAGAGCCAAAGCACCUUCUGAGUCGGAAAUGGUGGGACCUAUGUACGAUUGCCUUGCAAACCCUCUCGGAGCAAUCCGACUGACAUUCGAGAAGGCAGUCGGGUCAGGCUGCGAGCCCUCCGCCUUCGAUGGCAAAGACUGGGGCGCUCUCGACGUCUUUCGCGAGUUCCUGGUGGACCAAGGCAACCUCUCUCAGGUUCCGGUUCUGAAUAGUGAAACUCUGAAGUGGGUUCAGCCCAACACUCUGGUACGCUUUAGGGGAAUGGUACAGGACAUGCUGGGAAAUGAAUUCUACGCUGGUGCUUACAAGGAUGGUUCUGGUUGGAGAACUAACAAAUUUGGGGAUGACUCUCAGCAACCUAUUGAUUUCUCACCCGAUGUGAGGGUUUGGGAGCGACGAUUGUUGUAUUGUGUUCAGGUUCCCGGGCUUAACAGAUGGGCUGAGAGCGAGGCUGCUUCUGAGGCUACUGUUACUUCCAUGGAUUUGACAUCACAACAAAGAGAUAAACGUCAGAGAAUGGAUGCUGAAUUAAUGGAUUAUGAGGGCUCUAAUAUUGUGCUUGAAGAUUCACCUAGUGCAAAAAGGAUGAGAGAGGAUGGACAUCCUUCCCCUUCUGUGCAGCUUUCCGACCUUAAACCUGAAGGGCCAUGUUCUAGCACGAUGAUGAGACCAGAAGUUGGAGACUCUCUUUCUUGCCUUGUGAAGGUCUAUGAUACUCGGGAGUCCGAACUCAAGCUGAAUGAUAUUUUUGAAUUUGUUGGUGUCUUCACUAUUGAAUCAGAGCCUGUACCUGCUGAUGAUGGUGAUGACGUCGACCUAACCACUGGCUUUCGCAAUGAUUUGGUCCAUUUGCAAGCCAACAAGGUGCCAUGCCUUCACUGCAUUGUCCACCGAAAACUUGCAGUUUCUGAUUUUCUGAGGUCUUCACCCAUCAUAGAGCAAAGUAAGCAUGCAGUCAUGAAUACAAGGGAAUCUCUGCUAAGGCAUCUUACAAUGCUUUUAGGCAAUGAUGGUGUGGCAGCGAAUUACAUGUUGUUGCAUCUUUUGUCCAAGAUACAUGCCCGAGUUGACAAUGUUGCCGUCGGGAAACUUUCAUUGAAUCUCACAUGUUUGAGCAAAGAAGCACUGUCUGUAUUUGGGGUGCAGCUUUGUAAUGCUCUGAGGAACCUGCUUCCAUUCACAAAUUCCAUACCCUUGACUGUGAACUAUCUUAAUACAGCUUGUCUUGGCCCCAAAAAGGAUUAUCAAAGGAACCGAUUAAUAGGGGGGACCCUUCAGCUAGCUGAGGGCUCACACUUGACAAUUGAUGAGACACAGCUGGAAACUGGAACUCUCAACUCUGUUGGGAUUGAGAAUGCGAGGCUGCUAAAAGAUCUAGUGGAGCUACAGAAGGUGGAGUAUGAUUUCACAUACUACAAGAUGGAGAUGGCGGCUGAUGUGCAGCUGCUGGUAUUGUCGGAGGGCAAGUCCAACAUAUUGCCAGCCGAUAUUGUUCUGCCUGUGCGGCCUUCUGAUGUGUCUCGCCCGGAAGUAGUGAGCGCAGAAGCUCUGGGAGCUUGGAGAUGGUACUUGGCCACCAUGAGGACAUUGUCACAUACCAUAGAGUCAGAGAUCCAAGAGGUGGUAGAAAAGGAUCUAGUUGCUGCAAGGCAAGCCGAUCGAAGAAUUGGCAGCAAAGAGUUUAGCAGUCUGCUGACAAUGGGGAGGCUUAUGUCCUUGAGUUUCGGGGAGACAACGCUCUCACUGGAGCACUGGGAAAUGGUGAAGGAGCUGGAGAAGUUAAGAAAGGAGAGGAUCAGCUGAAUGCUCUGAUUCCCAUCCUUUGUAUCAUUCAGUUAUAUGAUAUGGCUGUUGGUGGACUGGUUGGUGAGAACUGAGAAGGUGUGUAAAUAACUGGAGAUACUUGCUCCGUAGAUUAUCUCUCAAACGUAGACCGAACCAAAUUAAUUAUGCUCCGUUCAGUCUGUGCGUCUCGCAGCGUCUCGUUCAAGCUUAUAACUGUCAAAUUCACGAUUUUGGUUUUCGAUAGCGGAAAUAGUUCAAGCUUAUAUAUCUUAAUUGAAUUAAUAAUCUAAUUUUCGCAUUUUUAAUCUUUUACUGUGUGUUUUAAAUUUUCACCUAUGUGUGUGGUUUAAGGUUACUAAUGUAGAUGAACUUGGACCGAUGGCGAUGGCAAUGGAUCUAGAUAGUGGUGACUGCAUGACAACUCUCCCUUGGAUUUGGUUCUACGUUAUCCGGUCAAGCACCUUGUGGUCUUACCGAAAAAGAGCUUGGGCAGUAGUGCUCACUUGUGCUUUGAGGUUCUGGAAUAGAGCUUUUUAAUUCUUUUGGCUAGCCUGCAAGUUAGAGAACUAUCCACUUGAAUUCACAACAAAGUAAAUCACUCCAGGUUUUGUCAACACCCAUGAAUGUUGAAUGAGGUUGGACAGUAUAAUGAUUGAGGAGAUUGGAGUACAUAAGGCAACGAUGCCAAAAGGGUUCUUUGAUCUCAUCACUCCUUUUCGCACAUAGUUGAUAGUACCUCGCUCUUGUAAUGGUAAGAACCCACAAGGAAAUUUUGCCCUCCUGUUAUGUUUGCGUUGGUUUAUUAUUCAAGCCGACUAUCCGACUGUAGUAUACUUGCUUAUAUGAGUAUGCUUCUCUAGUCUCAAGGGUACAUACAAUAAAUACAUUGCAAGCUCUCUUGUGUUGUAAGGUUUUCACUACUACUUUGCUCUCUCCUUAGUAAAUUUGGGAUAUACUCACCUAUGUCCUAAGGUAUUGAGUGUUGAGGGAGUCAAGUUCCACGGAGAGGACGAACCGUGUCCUUAAUCAACGUCCUUUCCCAAUCAGAUACAUCUUCAAAAGCAUGUUCUGGAAGAUUAUCAACCGAUAAUGGAAACAUAACACUAUUGAUUUAUUAAUUUCUAGUAAAGUUUUCUAAGUUGA